ACAGACACACACACUCCCACGGCACCCAGCGCGGAUAAUACGCAUCAAGAUGGCGGUGCAGGCAGCGGACAGCGACGGGAGAAACGUGGAGCUCGAGCACCUGAACGAGUCGCUGGGGAACCCCGGCCUCAUCUCACCGGACAAGGACCUGUCACGAGUCCUGACGGUGCCGUUCAGCGGCCGCAUCCGGGGCGGCAUGCGUCCCGGGAAGAAGAUCAUCGUGAUGGGGAUCGUGGACCAGGAGCCGGCGAGCUUUGACCUGAGCCUGACCUGUGGCCGGGACUCGGAGGAGGAGGAGCCACCGUACGACGUGGCCCUGAAACUCAGCGCCCGCUUCAGCGACCGCCAGUUCCUACGCAGUGCCCGCGUCUCCGGGAAGUGGACGGGGGAGGAAGUGUCCACUUCCUACUUCCCCUUCAUCCCCGACCAGCCCUUCAGGGUGGAGAUCCACUGUGAGCACCAGCGCUUCCGGAUAUUCGUGGACGGACACUCGCUGUUUGACUUUUAUCACAAAGUGAAAUCUUUGCCCUCUAUCGACUCGGUACGGAUACAAGGAGAUCUACAGAUCACCAAGCUCGGCUAACCCCCCCCCCCGCUCUGUAAGUCACGUGUGGAGAAAGGACUCAAUGGAGACAAACACAAACACACAAGUUUGGCCGUUGUGUUGUCAUCCGGCUCCGGCAGCGACAAGUUAGAUCUCCUGCUUAAUUUCCUUCAGUCCUUUGAUCUGAGGCUUUGAUCCCAUGUGAUGGUUCUUUGUGUUUUUCCACGUAGCCCCAGAUCAGGGAUCUCACAGCUUUUAUAUAGUGUUGAUUAGUACUGUUGAAUCCUUUAGGGACAGAGAGGCGGGGGGUGUGUGUGUGUUGGGGGGGGGGGGGGCUUGCAUGGUACAGGAGCCAGUUACUCAGGAACAUCUGGAGCUCAGCAGCUGAAAAAUGCUUAUUGAAGAUGUUAAUAAGUUAAAACUCUUUCUUGUUGACUGAUGGAAUUUAUAAUCAGAUAAAAGAUUGUUUUAGGUGGAUGUAAAGUAAUUGUUGUCGUUUUCUACUAAAACUCGUGUGCAGCUUCACCCUC